AGAAUAUUAAAUGACCAAUAGGCGUCCGGCGUGUGCGCAAGAGGGCGGCGUCGACUCAGUGUUGGAAUGCUGCCUCUCAGAAUGUUUUCCACUUUCAAUCACUUUUUUUCUCUCUUUCCUUCUCACAACGGCGCUCUUUAAGCUCCGGUGCGCGAUACAGAGCGGCCAUUCAUUGAAGGGCAAACCAAACGAGGGGGCAGGGGACAGGGCGAGCGUCACACUGGUGGACAGGGGAACGCACGAACUCCCGUGUUGAACGGGCGACCUCCUAAACUCUGCAUUGGCGACAUCGGUGGAAGUGAAUGAGAAGUGCAAAGGACAGGAUUUGGGUACAUUCGAUUACGCACGAGUAGGCUAUGGGUUUACGCGUGGCAUAUAGGAAUAAUUCCAUAUAAAGGAGCGAAUCCGGACCACAUCUCUCAGCUGUAGCUUAAAGUUUUGCAUUCUCUGAACGAAUUUACAAAAUUUCCCUGCAAGGAUAUUUUUUGUUGCCAAUCGAUAAUAGCCCAUACAUUAAAAUGUCUGGAGAGGAGCACAGUCUAUCCGAGGCAGAGUUGAGUCCCGGGGGCUCAGAUGAUGGUCACUCUCUGUCACCGGCACACUCCGGGGCCACCGGCGGCCGGGACUCCCCGCUCAUCGGUCCGUCGCAGCAACUGACGGGGCUUUCUGGCGCAGAUGGCGGCGGAGAAGACGGUGGACUAGUACCCAAGUCAGAGGUGGAUAUGGACCGGUUCCCCAUCGGCAUCCGCGAGGCGGUCAGCCAGGUGCUGGACGGAUACGACUGGACGCUCGUGCCCAUGCCCGUGCGCGUAAACAACGGGAACAAGAGCAAGCCGCACGUGAAGAGACCGAUGAACGCCUUCAUGGUGUGGGCGCAGGCCGCGCGCCGUAAACUGGCGGACCAGUAUCCUCACCUGCACAACGCGGAGCUCAGCAAGACACUCGGCAAACUGUGGAGGCUCCUGAAUGAGAGUGACAAGAGGCCUUUCAUUGAGGAGGCGGAGCGACUGCGGAAACAACAUAAGAAGGACUACCCAGAGUACAAGUACCAGCCCCGCAGACGCAAGAACGGCAAGCUGGGGACCAAUGGUGAGGGAGGGGAGGGAGCAGAGGGGGAGGGCAGCCACGCCCAGUCCCAUUACAAGGCCCUCCACCUGGAUGUGCACAGUACAGGGGCUGGGUCCCCCCUGGCCGACCUCCACCACCAUCAUCACCACCACCCUGCAGGUCAGGGUCACAGCCCGCCAACACCCCCCACCACCCCAAAGACAGAGCUCCAGUCUGGAAAGAUGACGGAGGGGAAGAGGGAGGGCGGAGGUGGCUCAGGGUCCUCCCGUGGAGGAGGCCUGGGGGUAGGAGCAGAGGGGGCCUCCGGGGGCCAUUCAUCAGCGGGCGGGAAACCCCACAUCGACUUCUGCACCAUGGACAUCGGCGAGAUCAGCCACGACGUGAUGGCCAACAUCGAGCCCUUCGACGUCAACGAGUUUGACCAGUACCUGCCGCCCAACGGGCACCCGGGGGUCGGCCAGGGCGGCGCCGCCACAUCAAGCUCCUCCGCUACAUCCUACGCCUACGCCCUCGCCGCCGCCAGCGGUCACUCAGCCGCCUGGCUCUCCAAGCAGCAUCAGCAUCAACAGCCCUCCCCCUCUGCCUCAGACGCCACCAAGGCCCAGAUCAAGAGUGAGUCCGGUGCCGGGAGCCACUACGCAGAGACUUCCUCCUCUUCGUCAGGAACCCACGUCACCUACACCCCCCUCAGCCUCCCCCACUAUGGAUCAGCCUUCCCCUCGCUGCCCUCCAGGGCCCAGUUUGAGUACGGGGAGCACCAGGCACCGGGGCCGUACUACACCCACUCCAGCCAGGCCCCGGGGCUGUACUCAGCCUUCUCCUACAUGGGGCCCAGCCAGAGGCCCCUCUACACUACCAUCACUGACCCCUCCAGCGUGGCCCAGUCUCACAGUCCUACACAUUGGGAGCAGCCUGUCUAUACCACCCUGUCACGGCCAUGAGAGACUGAGAUGCAUGGGAUUGGAUGUGUGUGUGUGUGCGUCUCUACACCACCUUCUCACGACCCUGAGAAAGGGAUAAAGAAAGACAAAGAUUGGAAGAGUGGCUACUGAAUAAAUGUGUGUGUGUGUGUGUGUGUGUGUGUGUGUGUGUGUGUGUGUGUGUGUGUGUGUGUGUGUGUGUGUGUGUGUGUGUGUGUGUGUGUGUGUGUGUGUGUGUGUGUGUGUGUGUGUGUGUGUGUGUGUGUGUGUGUGUGUGUGUGUGUGUGUGUGUGUGGCGGGUUAACAAAGGAUGGAUAUCUUACUGAUGUUGUAUUGGGAUUCAUUGGGACUUGACAGUGUAUCUCUAUCCAUGGAGUCCUUAUAUUUUACUGUACAGUAUAUUUUCUAUCACAGCCAAUGGUCAAUAGCCAAUCAGAAUAAACCUUUAACCAAUGUGUGCCAUGUUUUAGUGUGUAAGGUCAGGAUGCCAGCUGCCAGAGUGUCAUAGUGUAUAGUAAGAGGGCUUAUUGUGAUGAUGAGCCCAGAGCACACAGAACUAAUACCGUAGUGGUAAGAAGGAUACACACAGGGUAUCAAAAUGCUGCUAACUUCCCCCAAAUUCCCCGGUUUUCCAGAAAUCCUUGUUGGAAGUUCCUGGAAUUAGGAGGGAAUAAGCAGGAUAUCCUGGAAUCCUCUUACUGGGAUUUCUGGAAAACUGGGGAAUUUGGGGAAAGUUAAUGGAAUUUUUCCAACCCUUAGCUACCUAUAUAACCAGGAUUGAGUAACAUUGCCGUCAAGGACUGGCUUUCAGCGGGUUUCGACAGGCUAUCAGCCUAGGACAAAUACAACAUGAUGUUUAUCAGAACUGGGUUGUUUUAGAUUGAAAUAAUCCGAGUCUAUUAACCAAACUAAAGGAAAUGUUUGUGUGACUUCAUUUUAGUAUUUUUUUUAUGACUUAAGUGAUGUAUUUGUUGGUUAUUUUUUAUGACUUUACAUUCUGGUCCGAUAUUACACUGACAUAUCUCCACCACUGCUUUUGAAAGAAAGGUCAGUUUACUUGGGCAAAAACGUUAUGCGUUGGUCUACGGGCGUCAGGUAGCCUAACCGUUAAGUGCAUUAGGCCAGUAACUGAAAGCUUGCCGGUUUGAAACCCUGAGCCGGCGCGGUGGAAAAAUCUUCUAUUCUGCCCUUGAGCAAGGCAGUUCACCUGCAACAUCUAUUCCCCAGGCGCCAUGGAAGUCGAUUAAGGCAGCCCCCACUGCACAUCUCUGAUACAAAGGGUUUGGUUUAGAUGUGGAAGACACGGUUGAAUGCGUUCAGUAGUGCAACUGACUCGGUAUCACCUUCUGGGAUGCAGCUUGACUCCUUAUGUGUUGCGUUGUGCGAAACCAGAGUUGACGAGGAAAGAGGACAAAAAAAGGAGGGAAAGAGAAUUCCUGGAAACACUUUAGCAUAGAGUUCUGGAAAGCAGCACAUUACCUCAACUCAAUGUACAUGUGCCAAUAACACUCUACAUGCUCUAAUAUCCUCGAUGAGAAUAUAUGGCACACAUUUCGCUUAUACUACUCAUAAAUAAUAAAACUAUUGUUGAAGUCACUGGACUUUUCUUUUUAUUGAUAUGGAUUGCAUUUGUACGCUCUGGUUGCUUCUAAUUCCAUUUGUCUACCAAAUGAUCAAAGCAAAACAAUCUACAUGACUCAGCAAGUACAAAGUCGACAAAAUCCUUUUGUGAAGAAUUCUCCAGCUUUAAACUAAAGAUUUACUCUUAGUGAGAAUUAGUGAGCUGUUUAGAACAAAUGCCACAUGCUAUAGUUUAUGUCCAUAGGUUUUCCCUCUGCAUCUCCCUUUUCUGUAUCCUGUUUAAUCUCCCUCUCGGCUCCCUCUGCAAUGUGAAUGAUCACCACAUGCCUCUUCUUCCAUAGGUGAUUUAGACGGGAGUCAUUUUCUACUGACCCUCUCUGCUUUGUAGUUUUUAUAAAAAAAAUAAUUUCACGUUUAGCUUUUUUCUCUCUCCAUUUUGUACAUUUCUGGAUAGUUUCUAAAACUUUGUAAGCUACACAUUUGAUGUAUCUGCUUUCUUCUACAAGAAACAACAAUGUACAAAUAUUAUUGAUGUUGUCAUUACGUUGUCAUUCUAUUAAAGCAAUUUAUUUAU